ACAUGUUCAGAAAUAUUACCAGUUUCAGGGAAGUUUUGUUAGAGUAGCAAGUAUGGUUAUGAACAGAGAAACUUUUGAAGGGUUUGAUUAUGUAGUCAAUGUUAAAGCAAGCGAUAAGAUCUGCUUCGGCUCAACUAUUGAAAGAAACACGAGUCCAGUUGGCAAAGGGCUAUCACCCUACCAGAAGUUACAGGUCUCAGAAAUAUUUCCGAGGAUUGGUCCAGGAUAUUACGACUCUGCUAAAAUUACAUCGGCUUUCCACCAUCAACUCAAUAAGGUCAGGAGCAAAGCUGGUGUAGGGCCUUUGGCUAGUAAGGAUCCACGGUUUAGACAGAGGAUUUACCAUAGAACGCCUUCUCCUGGAAGAUAUGAUGUAAGAAUCAAAAGAAAAAUCAAAAGAAGUGCAGUACCUUUCGGAACAACUUCUCAUCGGAAACAAUUUAUAUGUGAUAAUGAUAACCCUGGGCCACCCACAUAUAAUUUGCAAGGAUUUAGUGAAUAUGCGAGAACGAAAUCCACGAAUAGUUUUGGUAAACCAAAAAUUUACAACGCCGUAGAAACUAUUUGUGUUAAUAAUCCCACAGAUACCUGCCAUAAAUGUAUCAAGUUAUGCGAAGGGGAUUACUGGCACAAAGACUAUGCAUUGUUUUUGUGCCAACUCUGUUGGAAUGAAGAAAAAACAACUAGAGAGAUUUACGAUGAAACGACGUUGAAACAAUUUAAGAAAAUACGGAACUGUUCCUUCAUGCAUGAUCAUCAGAAUACCAAUGCUGCUGUAAGAAUUGUACCUGGAAAAAAGGUGACAAAGAAAAUACGAAUCGAAAAUUACUUAGAUGUGUAUUUCGUCCAUUAAUAAAAAUUAUCAGCACAGGGUUUCGAAGUUUGUCUAUGGAACUAUUGAACUAUGAACUAUGCCAUAUUCUGCAUUUAAUAGAUUGUCCAAUAUGUUAUGUUCCAAAAUAAUAACUGGCAUAGUCUUCCUCAACGUUGUCAUUAUUGGCUCAUUAUGUUUUCACUGAGCACAUUGUUUCCGGACCCAAUGAUCAUUUGUUUCACGCUUUGUGUAGUAGUUCAUCAAUUAUUGAUGCCUGCGUAGUAUCAGAGCUUCGGUGAAAGGACCUUUUUGGAAAAAAUAAUAUUAAUUCGCCGACCGCUGAUCAGAAAGCUAGCUCCAGUUCUAGUGCAGUCUCCUGUAUAAAGAGUAUAUACUCUAAUCCCUUGAGAGUUCGAAGAAACUUGUAGCCCCAAGCCAGAUCAUGAAUUGCAGACUUAUCAGUUUCUCCUAUAAUCAGGGUUGCUUAACACUGCAAACAUUUCAAAAUUUCCACUUACUUUCCGGAAGAUGAGUCAUAGUUUGUUAUUAUUCCAUACGAACAAAAUCGGUCGAAUAAAUGGAAAAUUAAACAGUCGUUCUUCUUGAUUAAAUACUCAAAUGAUGCCAUACGAACUGUGAAUUGUGUAAAAGCUAUUUUACGGGUCUGCAAAGGCAUAUAGACGUAUAUAGCCAUAUAGCCACAUAGACCGUUACCAUAUUGUCUUUGAUAAUGUCUUCUGCAGUUGUAGACGAAACGUCAGGCAUAAAAACCUGCAGACCAUGGCCAAAAAACCCUGAAAAUAGC